ACUGUCUCGCAACAUGUUUCUGUUGGCAUCAUGUCACCUUCUUGGGUUGUUGAUGAUUUGCUCCAAUUUUCUGAUUAUGAAUCCUCAGACAAGGGACAGCUCGCGUUUAAUGAGUUAGAGCGGUUGAGUGACAUGAACCUCUUUGGCGAACAUAUUUUAGGGGAGGCUUUAGCUGCAUCAGAAGUACCUCAGCUGCCAUUUACUCAAGCCAGCCAUAACAUGCCUUCCCACAAACAACCCAAAUUAUAUUCAGCUCACAAAAAGUCGAGGCUCGAAAUCCAGGAGGAAGACAAUGAAGAGUUCUUCACAGUUCUUGAUCUUGGCUGA